AUGUUAAGAAAUACUGCUGCUAUUGCUCAAAAAAAUACUACUUUGUUGAAGAUCCUAGGGUCCACAAGAUCCAUCUCUAAUCAACCUACUAUUGGUCGAUUCACAGGCAAAACAAACUCUUCAGGCACGUACACAGUUCCUUUUAUUGAAGGUGAUGGUGUUGGUCCAGAAAUUUCCAAAUCUGUCAAAGAUAUCUUUUCUGCUGCUAACGUCCCGAUUCAAUGGCAACCUUGCGAUGUAGGUCCAAUCUUCGUGAAUGGAUUGACUACCAUCCCGGAGCCUGCUGUCAAAGCCAUUAAAGAAUCGUUGGUCGCUUUGAAAGGUCCAUUGGCUACGCCUGUUGGCAAAGGCCACAGAUCUUUGAAUUUAACUCUAAGAAAAACCUUUGAUUUAUUCGCAAACGUACGUCCUGCAAAAUCUGUGCCAAAUUAUAAGAGUACUUACGAAAAUGUAGAUUUGGUGUUGAUCAGAGAGAAUACUGAAGGUGAAUAUUCCGGUAUUGAACAUAUUGUCACACCGGGUGUGGUCCAAUCGAUUAAAUUAAUCACUAGAGAGGCUUCAGAAAAAGUUAUUAGAUACGCAUAUGAAUAUGCUAUUGCAGUUGGAAGACCAAGAUUAAUCGUUGUACAUAAAUCCACUAUUCAGAGAUUAGGUGACGGUUUGUUCGUACAAAUUGCGAAUGAAUUACAAAGUGAAUAUCCAUCCAUUAAAUUAGAAACACAAAUUUUAGAUAACACAGUUUUAAAUGUAGUCUCAAACCCAACUUUAUAUAAAGACGCUGUAUCUGUGUGUCCAAAUUUAUACGGUGACAUUUUAUCGGAUUUGAAUUCAGGUUUAAGUGCAGGUUCUUUAGGUUUAACCCCAUCUGCAAACAUUGGUGAUAAAGUCUCUAUUUUCGAGGCAGUUCAUGGUUCUGCUCCAGAUAUUGCUGGUCAAAAUAAAGCUAACCCAACUGCAUUGCUAUUAUCCUCAGUUAUGAUGUUAAACCAUAUGGGUUUAGAAGAACAUGCUUCAAGAAUUGAAAAUGCAGUACUAUCGACGAUCGCUUCUGGUCCUGAGUCAAGAACUGGCGAUUUGGGUGGUUCUGCUACAACAUCUUCAUUCACUGAAUGUGUAAUCAAGAAAUUAUAA